AUGGAGCACUUCGCCCCUCACCCAUCCUCACAAUUCGAGGGCUACUACUCCAAAUUCGAUCUCGCAUCUGGCUCGCACAUCGCUCUGAUAAUAUGCUCCGUUCCCGGUGCCAAAUCACGCCCACACAUGGUCUCCUUCACAUACUACCCCUCAUCAGGCCAUCCAAUAUUCCAGCGCGAGCAUUUCGUCGACAACAUCGAGCGCGUGACCACCGACGAAAAAACCAAAGCAUUCGACCUACGCGUACCAGGCAUGGGAGUGAUGAGCACAGAGGGCAACGGCCGCACAAGCUACAACUUUGCCGCCGAAGAUGGAAGUUGGUCGCUCGAAGCGCAAUGCGAGGAGGACUACAUGCCAUGGAGAAAAGACAAGAGCACACCCGAAGGUUGGAUGGUGCACCUCCCCUUCCCACUCCACUGGCACGUGCAUUCUCUCUGCUCCCCCGCUACGUUCACCCUCGACAUACCCGCUCUAGGCGAUGCCUUCCCAGCACAGGACAGAAAAAGCCGUGCGACGAUCCACCAAGAGAAGAACUGGGCGAACAGCUUCCCGGACGCACACAUGUGGGUGCAAGCCUGGGACAACGAAGAAAAACGCGGCAUCUGUCUCGCGGGCGGGAAGAUUAUGUACAACACCGCCUACAUGCUCGGAUACCGGUCUCCAUCCCUCAAUCUGGACUUUGUACCGCCCUUCUCAGUCUCGUAUCUCAACCUCCUCAGCCCCUUCAUGAGCGCCACGAAUGACUGGGACACCCGCACUUUUUCGAUAUCCGUGUCGAAUUACACACAUAAAUUGGAACUCAAGGCGCGUGCGCCGAAGGAGCCGGGUUGGUUCGGCCUGGCGAGUCCGUUUCCUGAUGGGCAUCGGGCGAACUUUUGUAGGGAGAGUUUUAUUGCGACGAUUGAGGCGAGGAUAUGGGUGAGGGAGGGGUGGUGGCCGUGGAGUGCGUGGAAGGAGGUCAAGACGGAGAGGUGGGAGGGGGCGAGUCUGGAAUUUGCGGGGGGUUAUUAUCCGGAGAGGGGGGAGAGUAAGAAAGAUUGA